AUGUCUUCACCAGAAUUCUUAGCCGCCGCUGAAGCCAGCCGAAAACUCCUCGCUAAGCCAAGUGAUGAUGAACUCUUGACUCUCUAUGCCCUCUUCAAGCAAGGAAAACAAGACCCUCCAUUCGACCAGGCUCCUGCUCCAGGAAUGUUCGACUUAAAGGGAAAAUACAAGUAUGCCAAGUGGAAAGCGACUGUUGACGAAGGAGUUACCCCAGAGCAAGCGCAAGAGCGAUACAUUGAGCUUGUCGAAAAUCUAAAGGCCAAGUAUGGCUAUGAUGAGUCCAAGCAACCAGAAUCUGUUGGUGCUCAAUAG